CCUAGGUACAUAAUGUCCGAUCCAUUACCUAAGGAUGUACCUACCUAUAAUAUACGUGUACCACGCAAUUGAAUAGAACACCCAGCUGCCGUCGCGGCGCACCUCCAGUGCUGAUGGUAGAAGCCAUCGCCUCUUCCCAGCUGGAAUCGAAUGGCCACAAAUUCCACCCUGGGGGAUAUUUUUUUUUUAAACAGUCAAUCCGCCUUGUUUAUUAUUUCAAUCGCCAGCCCUUCUCCCAUCACUUCCCUGAUUCCUAUUACCUAGAUGGAUCGAAACGUCCCCCGGGCCGAUUAUCGUUAGAGUUUGGCUAAUUCCAGUCAGAUUCAUCGAAACCAUAAAGCACUCGAGGCUUACUGUCGCUUGCCUGCUGUCGCACACGCCCAACCCCUAGUCCAUGCUUUUCUUCUGGCACCUACACCCGUAGAUCGUUCUCCCUUUCUUCCACUCCCUUUUCCCAUCCGCCGCAAAACAAUCGGAAACAUCCACCUCCAAGUAUCACUGUGUCAAUUACAAUGGUAUUAUUAUCAGAGGAUUCCUCGUCGAUCAGCUCGCUGUCAUCCGAUUCGCCCGAGGCCGACAAUGAUUUCGACGAUACCGGGGUCGUUGACGAACCGAUCCCCCCUCCCUCGAAGCGGCAAAAGCGAGGCGACGGAUCCCGAGCGUCUUCUUUUGUCCACGUCGAGCCCGAGGCCGACCAAGAAUCAGACCGCGACCUCGAUGGCGACAUCUCGUCAGAUACCUCGGGCGACAUACCAAACUCCCCCAUCAAUGCGAAGCUGGAUGAGGAUGAAUUCCAAGAGCAGGUCACCAUCUGUGCCUGGGACGGGUGCCGGGCCGGCGACUUGGGCAACAUGGAUAAGCUCGUCGAACACAUCCACAACGAUCACAUCGAGAGCCGGCAGAAGAAGUACACGUGCGAGUGGAUUGGCUGUCCUCGAAAGAGCAUGCCACACGCUAGCGGUUACGCGUUGAAGGCCCACAUGAGAAGCCACACGAGGGAGAAGCCAUUCUACUGCUAUCUGCCAGAGUGCGACCGCGCUUUUACACGAUCCGACGCGCUUGCUAAGCAUAUGCGUACCGUGCAUGAGACCGAAGCCCUACGACCCUCCGACCCCGUACCCAAAUCUAUGCAGACCCAGUCCGGGCCCAAAUCCGGGAAAUUGAAGAUCAUUAUCAAGACCCCGCAAUCGCACGCCGCCGGCCAGGACGACGCCGUCGACGACGGGGACGCUCCCGAAGACCUGAUCAACUUCUUCACUCCCUUGACGGAGCAGCAGGGCUUUUCUAGCAAGGAGCUGGCCAUGGACAUCAAGUCCCUUUACAAGCUCUGCGUGGCGAACCUCAAGUGGUCGACGAAGGAUCUGGAGAACCUCCGGCGGGAGUGUAAGGAGACCGAAGAGGCGUAUAGGCAAGAAUGGUUGGAGAAGGAAGCCCUGCUGGACCAGGUGAUCCAGGUCGAGGAAGACUGGUGGCAGCGCCGUGAGCUCGUCCUUAGGGCAGAGGCUAAGGCCCAGUUAGCCAAGAAUGAGGAGGCGGAUGCGUUGCUAAGGGACGGCCAGGACGUCGUCAACGGCUCUCAGGUUACGGCGGCCAGUCCCAGCCAGGGCACGGACUAGAAGUUCCGUACUAGGUCACACUCAAAAUUCUGAGCAUCAAUGGAGGCACUACGAUACAUGUGGGAUUUAUCUUGUCCCCUCUACUCAUACCCGCAAGACAAUUUCCCCCCUUACUGUCUACAGGGAAACACGAGUACUCAUACAGGUUAGGUCCCUGUAGCGAGCGAAGGGUAGGAUGUGGAUAGGGGAGUUAAUAUACAUUGUACGAGGUAUACAUGCCCUGUACGCCCGGAAGUACAGAGUCUGGCAACCCCCUAGUGACGCGCCCACGAGAUCUAGUUGAUUUGUAGGUAGGUAGGCUUUGAUCCGGUAGCAGUGAGCAUAAUAGAGAGAGAUGGACCUCUUAGAGAAUGAGGUCUAUAUGUCACCUCAUUGAGUAAUCUGGUCGGAGUAUCGUGAAAGCUUAUGAGGAAAUAUCUGCCCCAUGAUUCAAGAAGGGCAAAGUAGGCCGACGCCGGGCUCAAGGGUCCUAUCCAAUGGAUGCAC